AUGCAAAUUAUCCGUGGUUUCCAUAGCAGCUCGAGUGCUUCUAAGGCAGCAUGUUCAUUGGUUAAGCCAGUGCAUCAUUUAGUCAAAAUUGACAAGCAAAAGCUAUCGCCUCGUUUUCCUGAAUUGAAGUAUAGCAAGAAUGACAUAAGGUCACCAGCUUUUAAGCCUGUUGCUACACAUCAAGACCGUGUACGUGAGCACUAUUAUAACACAUUGCAAAGCGAUUUACUGUUGAUAAAUUACCAGCAUAAGGGCGAAACCGUACGUGGUUUGAAGUUCAGAGAAUGGGAUGGUUCUUCUCCAUAUCACAUUAACAGAGAGCCUAGAAAGCCUAAGGGUUCAAAAGCACAGCUUCCUGAUAUAAAGCCUAUCACCUGGAACAACAUUCCAGAUAUUGAAUCUGUUGUGAUCAACUGUUAUGUCAGAGACGCAAAGGAAAACCAAUACCUUCCAAUAUCUGCCGCAUUGCAAUUGCAACAGAUAACAGGGUGUAAACCAAAGGCCUUAUAUUCUAGAAACGAUGUUCCAGCAUGGAAAGUGAGAAGAGGUACUCAAAUGGGUGCUGCCGUCACUCUAAAGGGACGUCCAAUGUCACAAUUCUUGUCCACAUUGACUGAAAUUGUUUUGCCAAGAAUCAGAGAAUAUAAAGGUAUCUCAAACAAAUCUGGUAACAGAUUCGGUGGCUUAUCAUUUGGUUUCACUAGUGAUGAAGUUAGAUUCUUCCCGGAAAUUGACGCAAACCAAGAUUUAUGGCCUGUUACUUUCGGUAUGCACAUUAAUAUCAACACUACCGCCCAAACAGAUGUCCAAGCAAGAACUCUAGUAAGUGGGUUUGGUUUCCCAUUCCAUGGCCCAGAAAAAUUAAACCAAUAA